AUGCCAUCGCCUUUCUUCGAGAAGGCGGGCUGGGUGGAUGAAGAAAGUCGGAAGUGCUGCCCGGAGGGCCCGGCGCGGCAGGUGCUGGCGUGGCUGCAACUGGCCGCAGACCACAACCGGCAGCAGCUCAGCUCGCUGGAGACGGCGGUGAGCAACGCCAUCGCGCUGCGAGAGAUGCUCGAUGACGACUGCCGCAACAUCCAAGAGGCCUUGCUGCUGGCGCGCGCGGGCGCGCUCAAGGCAAUGGUUGAGGAUGCCCAAAGCAUCUUGGAGAUGGUGGUGCACCUGGUGAUUUCAGGUCUGUGCCGCUUCUGCUUCGACAUCUCGGAGGAGAACUUGGUGGAACUGAGGGACAAGGAGGCCGCCGCAAAGCUGGCGGAGGCGCUGGCAAAGUUUCAGCGCUUGCAGGGGGAGAUCCACCGUGGCGAUGUCUCGGUGGCGGAGGUCGACCUGGAGAGACGCUGCGUACCGCACUACCUCGCCCAGCUUUUGCCCGGUGAGGAGGUGGGGGACAUGGAAAACCUUUCGGAGGCGGUUGAGCGGAUGAUUGACUGGCCGAUCGGCAGGGCCUUGCAAAACCCAAAGAUGGCCAAGGCAAUGAUGCUGGAGGGCCGCUUCUCGGAGAGCUUCAUCGAAGCGGGGGAGCGACUCUUUGGCGCAGUGCUGGCGGCUCCUGGCCGUGUAGGGCACCAGUUGAAUCUCCUGUGCCUUGCCAUGGAGAGGAGGAACCACUGGUCCGAGCCGCACGCCACGGCGCGCCUGCUCUGGGGCCCGGCACCGGAGCUUCAGCUCUACGACGCGGAGGAGUUUCUCACGCCGCCCGCAGAUCCGCCGCCGCCGCCCCGGGCGGACAACGAGUCCUACAGCCAGCCGGAUCCGGACGCGGCCUUCGGGCUUGUGGUGCUGAUCUCCAACCAGACCAGGGACUCCACGGUAGGGGAGCUGAUGCAGCGCCUGGAGGGCCCCAGGUGCCUCUUCCUGGAGGACAGCUGCGGCAGCGCGCUGGACGCGCUGGGCUACAACUGCCAUAGCGAGCCGCAUCCGCGGAACUGCCUCCAUCCGAGCCAUGUGAGCGGCAUGGUGAGGGUGGCCGAGGAAGCCUGGGCGCCCAAGUUGCAGCCGCACGUGGCGUGGAGACGCCAUGCGGGCACCCGGAGCAUCGCCCAGAGCGCGCUGGAGCUUGGGAGCUCUCUCUGGGGUGCUCAUAGCUCCAUUUGGCUCAUGGACUUUCGUCCGGAGGCGAGUUGCCCCGGACUUCCGCUGGCCGAGCAAGUGCGGGGCAGCAAGAGGAUGCAUCUGGUCAAAGACCCCGAUGUGCUGAUGGCUAUGGAGCCCCACACCGCGGAGAGAAAAGCCGCUGCUCGGCAAGAGGAGCCUCCAGCCUGGCCGGAGGAUACGCCGCUGGCUGUGCGCCUGGCGGAGUAUACGGCCAUGCACCAGGCAGCUAUGGGCCAGGACGUGGAAGGCCUAAAAGCCCCUGGCACAAAAUUCCUGGUGUAUAGCUGCCAGCCCUUUGCGCAGUGCGGGGGUCAUGGGGACCGCCUCAACGGCAUCAUCACCGUCUUCAUGCUGGCGGUGCUGUUGGGUCGGGUCUUCCUCAUCGACUCCGAGAGCCCGCUGCCCAUGCAGCUGCUGCUGGAGCCACGAGCCCUGGACUGGCGCGUCUCCGGAGGGCUAUUGGCCACCGCGGGGCUGCGGCACUUCUCCUACCACGACAAGCGCCAGCUCUUUGAGGCUGACCUGGAACAGCUGGCCUCCUUCCCGGAGCAAGUGAUGGUGAUCAACAUGAACUAUCGCAUGAUCCGGUCCUUAUUCGAGGCGCCAGCAUUGCAGGCCGCUGCUGCCAAGCUAGGUUUGCCGCGCUCCGCGCCGCGUUUCCUGUCGGCCGAGAUCUUCGACUUGCUCUUUGCGCCGACCCAACUGCUGCGCCAGGAGCUCUUCCUGUUGCGCAGCGAGCUCUCGCUUAACGAGAGCUUCAUUGCAAUCCAUCUUCGCACGGGGCAGAUCGCCUGGGACCCCUCCCGCCACGGAGCCGGGGAGCUGCAGGAUGGCCUGGAGCGUCUGAGGCCCCCGGAGCUGUCCUCAGUGACCUCUAGAGGCUCCAGCCGCCAUGAGGAGGACACCCACAUCAGCGACGGGCGCUCCGUCGAUGGCAGCGACCACGAGGACGUGGUCGCCAAGACCCGGCGCCGGGUGCGGGAGGUCAAAGAGCGUGAACGACUGGAGCGGCUCCGAGAGCAAGAGGAGGCGGAGGUGCGAAAGCGGGAGCAGCAGGAGCAGCACACGGAGCGCUUGCGGCGCAUCGAGCAGGAGAAGCGACAGAAGAUUCUGGAAAAGAAGCUGGACCAGGAGGUGCGUGCCACCCGCCAGGCAGAGGAGGAGAAACGGCAGGAGGAGCAGAGGCGGCAGCAGGAGGAGAGGUUCAAGGCUUUUCAGAAGCAAACGCAGGCCAGGAUCAAGGCUGAGAAGGAGAAGGCAGCCCGCGAACGCCGGGACCAGGAGAUGCAGGAGAGGCGUGAGAGUGGGAAGUCCGAAGAACACAGAGUCGAGGACGCUGCCGAAAUGGCCAAGCGGCGGCUGAUAGAAAGGAAGAAGCGAGAGCAGGCCAGGAAGGAGGAGGAGGAGUCUCUGCAGCGAAUGGAGGCGGAGUACGCUCAAGACAAGGAGAACGACCAGCUGGGCGAGCAGCUGCGCCAGAAAGCGCAGGAGAAGCGGAAGCUUGAGAAGGCGGCGCGGAACCGCCAGGCGCUGGAGCGCAUCGAGCACGAGGAACGCCAAGCGGAGUCCCAGAAGGAGCUCGAGGCGCGAAGACAGAGCGCGGCGCAAAGGGCCGCCUCGAGACUGCGGAAAGAGAAGGAGGAACAGGAGAGGGAGAGACGGGAGCGCGAGGAGGUCGAGCGCCUGGCGCGGGAGCGGAAGCAGCGCUACCAAAACCCCCGGUCCAUCGCGGAGCUGAGGACCGGCGAGGCGCAGCAGCCGCUGACGCAGCAGCAGCGCCGCGCGGCCUCGCAGCGGCGGCACCAGGAGCAGGAGAAGCUCCGGAGAUAUGCCGAAGGCAUGCCAGUGGAGGAGAACGACCCGCCAGAGCGCGGGCGGCCCCCGCGAUUGCCCAGCCUCAGCCGGGAGCGGGACAAGGCUUCCCGGGAGAACUCCCGGAACGUCUCGCGGAACGCGUCCCGGAACGCCUCCCACGGCUCCUCCGUGGUUUCGCUGCCGGACAUCGACGGACACAAAGUGGGGCGAGAGCCGUCCGUGGGCCGAAAGGAAAGGAAGGAGAGGGCCAAAGAGAAGGAUGCGGCUCUAGAGGUGAGUCUGGACAUCCCCCUGGGUCUGGACUCCACCCCCCCGCGGCCGACUGCUUCGAAUGGCGCAGAAGUUCUGGACUGCGAGAAGCCUCGGUCGGGAGGAAAGCCGCCGAAGCCCAGCAAGGAACCCAAGAGCUCCUCAAAGUGGAAGUCUCGAUGGCUGGAGUCGGACAUGGAGUUGCCCUCUACCAGCGUUCACCAAACCUCGGAUUUACUGGAAGACCCAGUGACUCCGGCGGAACAGCCGUUAGAGCCGCUCUUAGAACCUUUGGAUGAGCCGGCAGAGGAGGAGACUUUGCACUCUUCAGCGGAAGAUGCUGCGGAGGCUCCGGAGACGCCAGCGCAGCAGCCGUUAGAGCCUUCUUUGGAGCCCUUGGAUGAGCCGGCAGCUGAACAGGAGGAGGCUGUCCAUGCUUCAGCUGAAGAUGCUGCGGAGGCUCCGGAGACGCCAGCGCAGCCCUCGGAUGAGCCGGCAGCUGAGCAGGAGGAGGCUGUCCAUGCUUCAGCAGAAGAUGCUGCCCAGGCUCCGGAGACGCCAGCGCAGCCGUUAGAGCCGCUCUUAGAACCUUUGGAUGAGCCGGCAGAGGAGGAGACUUUGCACUCUUCAGCGGAAGAUGCUGCGAAGGCUCCGGAGACGCCAGCGCAGCAGCCGUUAGAGCCUUCUUUGGAGCCCUUGGAUGAGCCGGCAGCUGAGCAGGAGGAGGCUGUCCAUGCUUCAGCUGAAGAUGCUGCAGAGGCUCCGGAGACGCCAGCGCAGCAGCCGUUAGAGCCUUGUUUGGAGCCUGUCCAUGCUUCAGCUGAAGACGCAGCGGAGGCUCCGGAGACGCCAACGCAGCAGCCGUUAGAGCCUUCUUUGGAGCCGUUGGACGAGCCGGCAGCUGAGCAGGAGGAGGCUGUCCAUGCUUCAGCAGAAGAUGCUGCGGAGGCUCCGGAGACGCCAGCGCAGCCCUCGGAUGAGCCGGCAUUUGAGCAGGCUUCGGCAGAAGAUUCUGCGGAGGUUCCAAUAACGCCAGCGCAGCCGUUAGAGCCCUUGGAUGAGCCGAGUGCUGAGCAGGAAGAGGCUGUCCAUGCUUCAGCUGAAGGUUCAGCCGAGGCUCCGCAGACGCCAGCGCAGCAGCCGUUAGAGCCUUCUUUGGAGCCCUUGAAUGAGCCGGCAGCUGAGCAGGAGGAGGCUGUCCAUGCUUCAGCUGAAGAUUCUGCAGAGGCUCCGGAGACGCCAGCGCAGCAGCCGCUAGAGCCUUGUUUGGAGCCCUUGGAUGAGCCGGCAGCGGAACAGGAGGAGGCUGUCCAUGCUUCAGCAGAAGAUGCUGCAGAGGCUCCGGAGACGCCAGCGCAGCAUCCGUUAGAGCCUUCUCUGGAGCCCUUGGAUGAGCCGACUACUGAGCAGGAGGAGGCUGUCCAUGCUUUAGCUGAAGAUGCAGCGGAGGCUCCGGAGACGCCAACGCAGCAGCCGUUAGAGCCUUCUUUGGAGCCCUUGGAUGAGCAGGAGGAGGCUGUGCAUGCUUCAGCAGAAGAUGCUGCGGAGGCUCCGGAGACGCCAGCGCAGCCGUUAGAGCCUUCUUUGGAGCCCUUGGAUGAGCCGACUACUGAGCAGGAGGAGGCCGUCCAUGCCUUAGCUGAAGAUGCUGCGGAGGCUGCAGAGACGCCAACGCAGCAGCCGUUAGAGCCUUCUUUGGAGCCCUUGGAUGAGCAGGAGGAGGCUGUCCAUGCUUCAGCAGAAGAUGCUGCGGAGGCUCCGGAGACGCCAGCGCAGCCGUUGGAGCCUUCUUUGGAGCCCUUGGAUGAGCCGACUACUGAGCAGGAGGAGGCUGUCUGUGCUUUAGCUGAAGAUGCUGCGGAGGCUCCAGAGACGCCAGCACAUCCGUUAGCGCCUUCUUUGGAGCCCCUGGAUAAGCCGGCAGCUGAGCAGGAGGAGGCUGUCCAUGAUUUAGCCGAAGAUGCUGCGGAGGCUCCGGGCACGCCAGCGCAGCUGUUAGAGCCGUCUCUGGAGCGCUUGGAUGAGACGGCAGCUGAGCAGGAGGAGGCUGUCCCUGCUUCAGCUGAAGAUGCAGCGGAGGCUCCGGAGACGCCAGCGCAGCAGCCGUUAGAGCCUUCUUUGGAGCCCUUAGAUGAGCCGGCAGAUGAGCUGGGCAAAGCCAUGCAUGCUUCAGCAGAAGUUCCAUUUGAUGAACCAUCGGUGGAGCAGCAUUCACAGGAGGCCCAGCCUCAUGUUCUUCCCGCUGUCCGGCCCGCGCGUCACCCGCUCCUGCCUGACGCCACCUGCGAUGCGAAGAAAGCCCCUCAGGCGGCGCCCGAAGCCCCCGAACCGGCGAGUACGGCGGCGGCGACUACGGCGGCGGCGGGGGCACGGCGCCCCUCUCGCCCCACGCCGGAGCCCCGCGCGGUGCCGGGCGUGCGACCGCUGAGGCAUCCCCUGGAGCCAAAGAAGGCUUCGCUUGACAAGGGCUACACCCCAACUCGGCCGCCAAGCGAACACCGAGAGGGGGACGAUGUGCAUGUCCAACUUUCUGAAAGCGAGGAGGUUGUGCUGAAUCUGCAUGCUUAGUGCUUAGGACCA